AUGGCUUCUCUGUCUUACCUCCCUCCCGUCAAGCCCUCUGCCAUUGCUCUCGGCACGGCCUUCAACCACGCUGUCUCCCUCGCUGUCCUCGGCCCCGUUUUCGGUGACGCCUACCGCCGCGCACAGCAGGCCAACUCCAAGGAGGAGUACUUCCACUCCAAGGAGGCUGCCACCGCCGCCGCCUCGUGGGGUAGCUCCAUCGUCGGCUCUGCCGUCCAGUCGUACGGUGUUGGUGCUCUCAUCAACGCCACCGGCACCCUCACCUACAAGGGCGCUGCUUACCUCGGCUCCUUGAUCUUCUUUGCUUCCGCUGCUCCUUCUAUCGUCUCCCAGGUCCUCACUGAGAAGCGCCCUCUUGACACCAUCGCUGUCGGUGCCUUCGCCCGCGUCCUUGAGACCGUUGGUCUCUCCCUUUUCCUCACCUACUGGGGCACCCGCACCAACCCCUUCGAGUAA